CGCUACAUCUAAAACAUUAGCACGCGUUGUUCCAUUCGUGUCGGACUCUAGUUCGCAACAUCGAUUUGUUUGUUUAUAUUUUUUUCAAAUCAAUUAGCAUUAUGAUCAAGUUCGUCGCAGUGUUGGUUUUGUCUGUCGUUCUUGUUCAAGGACGGCCAAAUUCUGGAUUCUUCAACGACGAUUUGGUGCAGGCAGCGGCGGCUGGCAACUGGGAUAAAGUGCAAAAACUAUUGAGCAGCAGUAUUCCAACAAAUGGCAGCUGGGAACCUCUCCCCGUAGCCAAUGUGAAGAAUUUGAAACCGAUUCCUGGCGGCCAUGUUUACGGCGAAUCCCAAUACACUUUCCAUUCGGAAACGAACGUCAACGGAGAGACAUCGGAGAAGAGCGGAGGUCACAAAAUCGUCAAUGACGACGGACGCAUAUCUGAAUUCGACUUCAAGCCAGUCAAGCCAGCCAUCAAGCCUUAAAUAUAAGACGGUUUAAGAGAUCAAAGUGCCAGUUUCGGAGUCAUUAAUUUAAGUGUUAAGUAAAAAUGUAUGUGUAUUAGGUACACAGUUUGUGUUAAAUUUUGUUGACGUAUUUCUAUUCGUUGUUUUGUUAAAAAGAAUGUAUAGAGACGAUAAAAGACAUGAUACCUAUGUUUACUUUAACAUCUUGUUCUUAUUGAGUUAUUUUGUGUAUUUUCUCCGUUUUUAUUGUUAUUUAUGUAUGAAAGGAAUUCAAUGUUUCAAGCCUUUUAUAAUAACACACGCAGUUUUUUAACAAUUAUAUCUAUAAUUCUAAAAAUAAUAAAUAUAUUUAACCACAAAAACUUAUAUGAUAAAAUUUUAAAAAGUUUUUUUUUUUAUAUAAAAAUAGGGUUUUGUACAACCAACUUUAAGGAAUUAUCAUUUCAAUUGUCAUGAACAUAAGACUUGUAAAUAUUAAAGAUAUUUAUUUACAAAGAUUGUGAAUCUUUACUAAUAAACUCUUGUAUACUUUGCGAUAAAAAAGUCACAAACUGUUACCAAAACGCAGUUGAACACAAUCUAUGUAAACGACUACUUAUUUUAAAAAUUCUGUGAUUAUUAUGUAAACUUUAAUUACUUAACUAAUAUAAAAAAUUGAAUUAUAA